AUGUCUCCCAACGCUCUAGUCACUGGUGCUGCACGAGGAAUAGGACGUGCAAUUGCUCUUCGCCUUGCUAGAGAUGGCCUCAAUGUGGCUAUCAAUGAUACUGCAGCAAGCUCAUUAGAGCUCAACAGCGUUCGACAAGAAAUUGAAACAAUGGGUCGAAAAUCUGCCGCUAUCAUCGCUAAUGUUUCUAUCGAUAAAGAAGUCAAAGCUAUGGUGCAGAAUGUCGUAAAAGAAUUGGGUAGUUUAGACGUAAUGGUUGCCAAUGCAGGAAUCGCUCAGGUGAAACCGCUUAUUGAUGUCACUGCAGAAGAAUGGGACAGUAUGUUUGCUACCAACAUGCGUGGUGUGUUUCUUUGCUACAAAGAAGCUGCCAAAGUUAUGAUCGAUCGAGGUAAGGGAGGCAAAAUUAUUGGAGCUUGCAGCAUCGUUGGAUACAAGCCAUUUCCGAUGCUGAGCCCUUAUUCUGCUAGCAAAUGGGGUGUACGUGGUCUUACACAAGCUGCUGCCAUGGAAUGGGCGAAACACAAGAUCACGGUUAAUGCUUAUUGUCCAGGUAUGUUUCAUACUAUUUUCUUUAAAAUAAAUAAGUAUCAUUGUGCAAUUAAAACAGGGAUUGUCCGAACUGCGAUGUGGGAUAUGAUUGACGAAGAAGCGGCGAAAAUCGAAGGCAAGCAAAAAGGAGAGGUGAUCAAAGAUUACUCAAACAGGCUCAUAGCACUUGGUCGUACUAGUGAGCCAGAAGAUGUAGCAAACUUUGUAUCGUACCUUGCAAGCAAAGAUUCUGACUAUAUGACUGGACAGAGUAUUAUCAUUGAUGGUGGAAUUGAAUUUUCUUAA